UGCCUGUAAGUUACCGUAUCUUUUCCUUAACAGUAGCUUUACUGCGAGUCUCUAACAUUAUCAUUACUGUAAUUUUCAGUACAAAACCCUUACUGUAUCCCAAGGAUUCCCCACUACUUUGUUUUGGUACAAAACUUUAUUUUGAAUGCUAAAUACAACAAUGUUAUAUUGAGCAAACAACAAGCACAAAAGGUGUCCACAAAGUCCAUCACAGAUGCAAAUUACUUUAUAUUAAUUUAUAUUGUACACAGCAGUAUCUCUAAGGACUUUAAUGAUAUGUAGUUCUGAAUUGUCUCCGAUAUAACACAUUGGGCUUGGCAACAAAUUUGUCAAUACAACUUUCACACAAGUGAUGGAAACCCUGGAUACACACCGCUAUCUCCAUCUCACAUAAGACACACACACACACAAAAUCACUGGACCAUUUCCACUCAUAUUAGCAGCACACUUAAAGGCACCUUAACAAUUUGCUCUCGGGGUCUCCUUCUGGUUGAGAAGUGCAAUAAUAAACUAAAUAUGCCCCUUUGCAAGUAUGAACAUAACUCGGAUUAAAUAUGGAAGGAAUGCACUGACAGCAGUCUGUAGAAGAUCAUCUCUGAAUUCCUGUAACAGCUCUUUUGAUUGGGGGGCAGUUUCCUACCCACUAGGACCGUGGGUACCUAUAAACUCGCUAAGGUCGGUAAUCGCCUACAGAGGGCCGCACGGACAAUGACAGAAGUGCUGUUGGUCAUGUUAUGGGCCAUCACGUUAUGACUAACACUGUUAAGGUGCCUUUACAGGGAUGCUGCGGUAGGCGGCGCCGUCACACUGCGCACACGACGGUCCACCUGUCCACUUCAUUUAUGGAUUUGGAAUUCACCUAGUGUUAAACGUUCUCUGUUUCAUCGCAUUAAUAUUUUGAAGGCCAUACAAAAUAGUACAAUUGUGUAGCCUCCCUCGAAAGUCGAAAGAGUACUGACAAACAAUCAACUUUUCUGACAGUAGGCAGUAGGCCUAUGCCUCAUUUUUUGACUUCAAAUUGUCUUUACUGUGAGCCAAUGAAAUGUCCGAUUUCUACGUCUAUGGUAAAUCUGACCAAUGGCAUGCCGGAGUUCCAACCGGAAGCAUCUCCCCCAUCGUCACGCUUGUUUUUCCUGUAAUGGCGGAGCACACAGACUCAAGCAGUAGCGGGUUCAAUGGAACCAGUAUGUCUCAGCAGCGUUUCCGUGUCAACGCUCCUCCAGCCACGCCUCCAGUGUUGCGGGGCCCCUCCCCUCUGCUGCGGACCCCGCCUCCCUUUGCCAUGCUGCAGAGGCCACCGUUUCUGCCGCCACCUGGCAGCUCCAUGCCGCCCCCUCCUGGCCUGAUGUUCCCUCCCGGCCUCCCGCCUGUCCCCACACCUGCCCCUGAACGCAUCUGGGUGGAGAACAAAACUCCUGAGGGCAAGGUAUACUACUAUAACGCACGAACGCGUGAGUCUGUGUGGACCAAGCCGGAGGGUGUGAAGGUCGUCCAGCAAGCGGAGUUGACCCCCUUCAUAACCCCCCAGGGUGUGGGGCCAAUGGGAAUGCCCACCCUCCAGAGCAGCAGCCAAUCAGCUGUGGAGUCGUCCCAGAGCCCGCCCUCCUCUCCCUCAGCCACUGAAGCCCCAGUGACCACGCCCUCCAGCGUCAUGCCGACACCUGUGCCCUCAGUGACUGUUCCCACGGUAACAGCAGUGGUGUCGGGUGUCUCGUUGCCCCCUCCUCUCGCUGCCCCUGGCAACCACAUGCCCCUCCCCCCCGUCAUGGUGCCGCCAUUCAGGGUGCCAAUUCCCUUACCGCUACCAGGUAUGCUUCCUGGCAUGGCCCCGCCCUUACUUCCUAUGAUGCCCCAUCAGAUGCCGAUGACCUCAUCAGCCAGACUGGGCAUGUCGGAGUGGGCGGAGUUUAAGACACCGGAAGGGAAACCGUACUACUACAACCACCGCACACGUGAGACCACAUGGGAAAAACCAGCAGUAGUAGAAAAAGCGGCGGAGCAGGACUCCAGUGUGGCUGCUGAUGACACUGAGCUCAUGGAUACGGAGGAAGACAAGACCAAGACUGAGCAGCUACCAGAUCACAAGGAGGAGCGAAAGGAAGAAGACAUGACUGAAGAGGAGAAAGCUGCUCAGAAAGCUAAACCAGUGGCUACCACACCCAUCGCCGGAACACCAUGGUGUGUGGUGUGGACAGGUGAUGACCACGUGUUCUUCUACAACCCAACCACACGUAUGUCCAAGUGGGAGCGGCCGAGUGAGCUGAUUGGUCGAGCUGAUGUGGAUCGCUGCCUUCAAGACCCGCCCCACAAACACACACCUUCACUAGAGCCACCGAAGCCAGUGAUGGUGAUGAGAAAGGAGGAGCUGGAGGUGGGGCCACCUGAUCAGCAGGAGGAGGAGCCAAUCAGACCUAAGAAGAGGAAGCAAGAGGAGCCAGAGAAGGACCCAGCAGUGGAGGCGGAGCUUAAAGCAGCACGAGAGAGAGCCAUUGUUCCCACGGAAGCUCGCAUGCAGCAGUUCAAAGACAUGCUGCUCGAACGUGGAGUGUCAGCCUUCUCUACAUGGGAUAAGGAGCUGCAUAAAAUCGUGUUCGACCCACGCUACCUCUUAUUGAACCCUAAAGAGAGGAAACAGGUGUUUGAUCAGUAUGUGAAGACUCGCGCUGAGGAGGAGAGGAAGGAGAAGAAGAAUAAGAUUCUUCAGGCCCGUGAGGAUUUCAAGACCAUGAUGGAGGAGUCCAAACUCAGCCUCAGGACCACGUUUAGUGAGUUUGCAGCGCGCCACGCUAAAGAUGCUCGCUUUAAGGCCAUUGAGAAGAUGAAGGACCGUGAGGCUCUCUACACGGAACACGUGGCUGUACUCCGCAAGAAGGACAAGGAUGGCAGCAAGAACCGCCAGGACAAGGUGCGGCAGGACUUCUUUGCCCUGUGUGAGGAGGUGUGUGUGGAGGUGGGGCAGCGCUGGAGUAAGCUGAAGGAGAAGCUGGAGGAGGAUCCUCGAUGCCGAGCCGUCGAGCCGCACUCACGAGAGGAACUCUUCAAGGCCUACACAGACCAGCUGGCCAAGAACCCCUCGUCUGAGCAGGCUCGUGAGCAGGCUCGUGCGGCGCGUGCGGAGGCCAGUCUAAGGGAGCGUGAGCGGGAAGUGCAGAAGGCGCGAAGCCAACAGAGCCGAGAGAUCAGCCGCGAGAGAGAACAGCACAAGAGGGAAGAGGCCAUCCAGCACUUUAGAGCCCUCAUGUCUGAUAUGGUGAGACACACACACACACACACUCACUCACAUUCUCACACACACACACACACACAGAUCAGCAGGGUGGGAGAGCAGCACAAGAGAGUGUAG